ACAGGGCUGCUGUUAACGUUAAAAGGGGCGUGAAGUUUGCUGCUAGCAGCUAACCUAGCUCCUGAUCAUCUGGGAUCUGGUUUAAUCUUGGCGGCGUCCUGUAGAAACGAAAAACGAAACUGUAGAGCGAGUGAUAGUUGCAAUAGACACUGUUUUAGUUUUCUUCUGUGAGCCGUAGAAGCUACCAGGCUAACGGACAGGAACAUUUAGUUUGUGAAAUGUUGACCCAGCCGCUCUGUGGACAUAGCAUUGUGGCUAUCGGCGUAACUGCUAACUUAGCUAGUUAGCCUAGCAGGCUAGAUAGCUAGGACUGGUGGCUGUGGCUGAAACUAGCUAGCGAGGAGCCUAACAUAACACUGGCUUGAAUUAGCUAGAAGGUAGACUCGCGUUGUGAGAAUCACUUAACGCCAGCGUCGUUAGAUUAACGUUAACGUCAGCUACAUUAUAAUCGAUUUGUUUUGCACUUAGCUAAAGUCAACAGUUGGUCAUGGCUAGCGAUAGUUAAUUUAACGCGCUAACAUGCAGUGCUAGUUUAGCAUAGUAGCGUUUCAGUCGUCACCUACUGCUGCCCUGCACCAGCAAACGGGUCGGUAGCCUGCAGUUACAGGGCAUUCAUUGUGCGGUAUGUAGCCAUGGCAUGCUAACCACCCAUCAGGACAGUUGGUUACUGGUCCUAGCACAUGCCAGUUCUGGCUGACCAUAUAGCUAGUCAUAAUAUGAGGAAUUAUAGAGAUAGCGUUGUUAUGAUUAACGGCCAGGUUUAAAUUGCUUUUAACACCAGAGUUGUACAGACGACAGGGCCUUGCAGUUUUGCAGUGGGUCUAACGUAACAUUUCGUUAGCUAGGUUGUCUAACGUCAGCUCAGCUGCCUGAUUGAGGAUGUUUCUUCAAAACAUGUAAAGUUUGGAGAGCAACAAUGUAACACAACUGAGCUGGUUAGCCAUUUUAAGUUCAUGAAUUAGAGGCGGGCAGCGUUAGCUAGCAAAAUGAACAAUUCCGGAGUCUUGCCACAAGAAAAGAUGGAGCUGGAUCUGGAAAUUCCAUCUUCGUUAGCUCAGGGCGAUGGACACUUGAGAAGAUCCAACAGUGCACCCAUGAUACAUGGCUUAAGUGAUAACUCCCAGGUGUUCCAGAGAGAGGUCCUGCGUAGCCGGAGAAAUAGCACCACAGUUGUCAACAGGCCCAACAUGGUCCCUUCAUCACCUGUCCGCGUCCCCAGCACCAGACUUCAUCAGAUAAAACAAGAGGAGGGUGUGGAUGUGAUGAACCGAGAAACUGCUCAUGAGCGGGAGGUUCAAGCUGCCAUGCAAAUUAGCCAGUCCUGGGAAGAAAGCCUGAGUCUGAGUGACAAUGACUUGGAGAAGUCGGCAUCUUCGUCUCCAAAGCGCAUCGACUUUGUACCUGUGUCGCCUGCGCCAUCUCCAACCAGAGGGAUAGGAAAAAAGCAAUGUUUCUCUCCUUCACUACAAAUCCUUGUGAGCAGCAAUGGCCUAACACCGAGCCCAGUACCCAGCCCAACACGACGCUUCAGCCGACGGAGUCAAAGCCCAAUCAACUGCAUCAGAGCCAGCAUACUUGGGCCAAUGAAACGCAAAGGCGAGAUGGAGACCGAGAGUCAGCCUAAGAGGCUCUUCCAGGGUACCACCACCAUGCUGUCCUCUGAUGUCUCCAACCUGUCCGAGCUCAGUUCCUGUCACUCUCCAGAUUUGCUGGACGGCAGCCUCAGCAGCGUCGGAUCCUCCACAGACUCGCCAGGCAAGAUGGAGGGCGUGUCACCCUCCUCGUCCAGCAACUCGCCCUUUGCGUCCCUCCAGGAUUUGUCCCCAAAGUGAGCACGGGAUAGCAAGAGACACUAGAAGGGACGGUUGCCAAAAAUUCUCUCUCCAGGAAACCGGUUUCCUUGCGAGACCUUCCAUCUCAGCAUCACCUAGAUUUAAGUGGAAGUUUCCAUGUUUGUUUCUGAGCGGCUGUUUUCAUGGCUACACUUUUGAGGGUGUAAGAUAUGUUUUGAAUUAAGGAAACUAAAGCCAUGGAUUAGUUUUAGUAUGGAAGAGGUAAGCCUAAUGAAACUAGCGAUGACUGAAGACGCUGGGCACCAGCUGCUAGUAGAGGGUCUUGGAUGGUGCUUGGCUUCAUAGUGAUAGUGUUCAUAAGUGGCUAUGCUUUUGUCCUACCAGUUCCCCUCGCUACGGAGAGACAUUAAGCACUGGACAUUAAAAAAAAAAAUUACUAUUUGGAUGUGUACAUUUUUCCUGUUUUUGUGCUGGAAAACUUCUGUCCACGGGCCUUUGUAUGUAUACAGUCUGCAUAUUUUGUAAGAAAAUAUUUAACUUAUUGUUUUCCUGCUUUGUUUGUAAUUAUGUACAUAUUACCAUUGUCGAAUGUCGUAUGUAGUUUUAAGUUUGAUUGGCUGUGAGGUGAAUGUGGGCACAGGUCAACGGCAAAUGCUCUCUUUGUAAAGGAACAUAAACUACUUCUGGUGUACACCUGUGGAGAUUUCCUUACCGUUAUACUGUAAGAAGUUAUGUUUUCAGCAGAGUUUCUUAUUUUUUAUAUGGGCUAUGCACUGUGGUAGUUUUUUUUUUUUUUUUUUUCUCCUCAGUUUGACUUGUAUGCCCCCUUACCCAUGGCCCUCUGCAAUUUUAAAUGCAUAGUAUGAGCAAUUACUGCACCAAGCAGGUAAUCGUGGAUGUAUUAAGAUCACUGUUGUGCUCUCAACACUAAGGGUUGUUCUGUAUCCUGUGUUUUUGUCAGGAUGUUUUUGUAGAUAAGUGGAGUAUAGAAAUGUUUCCGUUUUCUUUCAACUGGGGAAAUGUUCUUAUUUAUGAAAAUGUUUAUUUUAAGACUUGGUUGGCGAUAGGUGUCUAUCCCCAGUUAAAAUGAACCAUUUGUGUUGUCAUUUACACAAAUCAACUGACUGCUGGAACGUGAAGUACGAACAAAAUGGCACUGUCGCAUUGUGAGGAAAGAGACUGCUGUGGUUACAUUUAUUAAAAUAGCUUUUUGCACAGGAUGCUUGAACCUGUUAUGUUUCAGCUGGUGUGUAAGCAGAGCAGAAGUGAAACAAGAUUCAAGAAUGCAGUAUGUAGAGUCUGAUUUAUUUUUUUUUGCACCUAAAUAUGCUUUCAACUGUCAUUGCCCUAGUGUCAUAUUCCUUGUGUAACUUCUACAUCUGAACCCCUUCAUGGCUCUGUAGCUUCUAAUGUGUAUGUACAAAAGGAAGUGAUUGUAAAUCAUUUUAUGGAA